UGAUGCCGAUAUGCGGCUGAAAAAAAAAAAAAAGGAAGUCACAUCAUGAAUAAAAAUCGAGUGCAACAGUGCAACCAAAAUAUUCUGUGCUUGAAGGCAAUUUCAGACAGAUGUUGACAAAGAGGGUAUCUCGUGAAGCCACGUUCCGAUAGAUAGCCUUUUUUGGUUUAACUGGCUCUAUAAAUACGAGAAGGCCGCCGGUCACCUGUCAGCAGCAGCAGAGGCUGCUGCAUCUUCAGACGCAGCCGGAGACCUCGGAGCAGAGAAGACACCAGCUCCAGACAGUGAGUUGUGAUUCCAGCGCAGAAAACUCGAAGGAGCCCUUUGCCCUCCGUCCUACUUGGCAGCCAACCCUCUCCCGGCCGCGAAUGACCAUGUGUAGCGGAGCGAGGCUGGCCCUGCUGGUCUACGGGAUAAUGAUGCACAGCAGCGGCUCCUGCUCACCUGCCGGACUCAGCUUCCCCGGGAUUAGGCCAGCUGAGCAGGCUUACGAUCAGGACGGAAAUCCGCUGCAAGACUUCUACGACUGGGACCCUCCGGGUGUGGGGAGCCCCGCCUCCGCGCUGCGUGACGCCUACGCCCUUUACUACCCAGCGGAAAGGAGAGAGAUCCUUAACCAAGCCUACAGCAAAGUCCUGGACCAGCUAUCCGCCAGGAAGUACCUGCAGUCGGCCGUGGCCAGGAGACUGGGCGAGAACCUGGGCGGCGGCGCGGCGGACGACCGGGCGCCCCUCACCAAGCGCCACUCCGACGGCAUCUUCACCGAUAGCUACAGCCGCUACCGGAAACAAAUGGCUGUCAAGAAAUACUUGGCGGCCGUGCUAGGGAAAAGGCUUCAAGAUUCCAAUAAAGGCCAAUUGAACAAAAAAAAAGAUGCCCUGCUCCAGGGGAAUUCUGAGGUAACCACUUGGGGAAUUGCUGAAGGGCUUUCUUUCCCUGCGAGUCUCUGGGGCAGGCUGCUUAAACCCCAGCCUAACUAACUCAAGUGGGCAUUGUCCCAUUGGCUGCUGGGCAACUCUAACACUUUCGCUUUCUCUGAUUAUAUUUUUAUGUCUACUGGUCUCUCCUCAGACUCUCAGCCCAGAAGGAAAUUCUAACUAAGCAACAGCUCAGUCCAAAUUGUACUUCCCCCCAGAAUUCACGUCAUUCCCUGCGAGCAGGAUUGGGGAACCGUACAGAGGAGACCGGCUUGGAAAGAAGCUCUCUUUUCUGUACUUCCCGAUUCUCCAGGGAACCGACUUAUCUAUCCCAAGGCUAGGGCAAUUGGAACAGAGUGAAAGACACAGAGGCGAUGGGAAGAGGCAGAGCGGGGUGACGGAGGAGGACCCUGCAGAGGGGGACUGGCUUGAGAACUGCCCCAGGUCUGAGAAUUUGAGGGCAAGCCCAGCCCCUCUGCAGACUCCACUGCCGGACAGAUUGGGUGAGGGUAUUGGAAAUGAGUGCAAAGUACAAUGUGUUUUUCUCCAGUGCUGUCCAUGCUUCUCAUUUUGUGAAGUGGCCAGGAUUUCUCCCUUGAGCCCUGCUCUGCAGAAACCACCCCUGUUCUUUGUGGUUUUUCUGGAGACCCCUCCUUCCUACCCUUCCCCCCCCCCCCCCGCAUAGUUUAAGAAUCAUUUGUCAUUUUCACUCACUGAUCUUAAAUUUGUGAAUGCUACUUAUUUUUUUUGUUGUUGUUUGAUGCAAGCAGUUACUGUGAAGUUUAGGAACCCCUGUGUAGCUACCACAAAGUAAUUAUGCACUAAAUAUGAAACUCUUAUUUCUUGUUCAUUGAGUUUGUAGGUAAAAUGUAUUUUUCUAUAUUAUGGCUUAUUGCUUAGUAAAAUUGAUUUCAUAAAACCAAUCUUUGUCAUAUUAAGAAUGUGUAGUGUUCCAAUGUUGCUCAGUUUGACUAACUGAUAAAUCAUUUAAACCUCAUCUUCAUAUGUAUGAGUACUAUCUUACAUCUGUGGUCAAGAGUGGAGUAAGAACGCUCCACACCCCACCCUUGUAUCCGGUCUUGGCUAAAGAAAGCAUGUCUGUUUCUUGUCAAUUUCUUGAACAUAUAUGGAGUAAUCUUUAUAAACAAAAGAACCUUCACCCAGCAAUCAGAUCAAGCAGCAACAAACCAGCCAGUCUCCUAAAUUUUAGGCACAAAUAAAAUAUAACACCCUCCCCCCAAAAAAAACCCAACAACCAAACCAUACCAAAACAAGAAAAAAAAACCCAUUAGUUUGUAAAGUUUAAAGGUCUUUUCCUUUUUCCUGUACAGAUUUGAUUAGUAUGAAGUCAGGCAUCUAAGAAAACAGAACUGUAUUUGCAUUCCCAGGCGGGUGGAUGAAUGCUGCCUCGAGAUCACAUUGCAAACAGAGAAGGCAGGCAUUGGAUCUCAGCCUGUGUC